GACUGUUUUGAGAGGCAACUACCAGUCCUCGUGAUAGAGAAAGACAUCCUCUCUUCCAUUAUUUAACUAUCUUAUCAUUCAUCCUCUCUUUACUACAUUUGGUUUGUCUUUGAAAUUCUCUGAAGAACCAUGGCAGUUCUCAAUCAAAGAUCCAUGGCUCGGUGCCUUCUUUUUGCCUACACCUUUGGCCUUUGUUUCUUCUAUACAUCAGCAGAGCUUCAAAGAUUUGAACACCCCACAAAAGUGGAUAAAUCGCUUAGCUUUUUGGUCGUUGGAGACUGGGGAAGAAGAGGGGCUUUCAAUCAAUCUGAAGUUGCUUUCCAGAUGGGAAUUAUUGGAGAGAAGCUAGACAUCGAUUUUGUAGUAUCCACCGGAGAUAAUUUCUAUGAUAAUGGAUUGACUAGUGAAGAAGACAAAGCAUUUGAGGAGUCAUUUACCAAGAUCUACACAGCCAAGAGCCUGCAGAAGCAGUGGUACAGCGUAUUGGGAAACCAUGAUUAUAGGGGCAAUGCAGAGGCACAAUUGAGCCCAGUCCUCAGGAAAAUUGAUAGUAGAUGGCUUUGCCUUAGAUCUUUUAUCGUGAACUCUGAAUUAGCUGAGAUUUUAUUUGUAGACACCACUCCUUUUGUCAAAGCAUACUUCACUGAUGCGGAGGGCCAUACUUAUGAUUGGGGAGGCAUCAAAUCUCGCAAGGCUUACAUUUCAAACCUAUUAAAGGAGGUAGAAUCAACAUUGAAGGAAUCAACUGCAAAGUGGAAGAUUGUUGUUGGUCACCACACCAUUAGAAGUGUUGGACAUCACGGUGAUACAAACGAACUUACAAAGUGGCUUCUCCCAAUUCUUCAGGCCAACAAUGUUGAUUUUUACAUGAAUGGGCAUGACCAUUGCCUUGAGCAUAUCAGUGACUCAGACAGCCCUGUACAAUUUCUAACUAGUGGAGCUGGGUCCAAGGCAUGGAGGGGAGACAUUAAAGGACUGAACAGAGGUGGUCUAAACUUCUUCUAUGAUGGACAGGGUUUCAUGUCUGCGCAGUUUACCAAGACGGAGGCAGAGAUUGUAUUCUAUGACGUUAUUGGAAAGGUUUUGCAUAGGUGGAAUAUGGUGAAGCAGCUUCACCAAUCCAUAUAAAGUUCUGGAAUAAAUGUUAUUUUCAACUUACCUCGUUAAAAAUUAGUGUAUUCCUUGGUGAUUAAUUUAUAAACUUCUCAAUCCAUUUUCCCCAUUAUUAUUAUUAUAAUGGCUUAUGUACAUGAAAUAUUCAUGGUCCCAAAGUUAGUAUCAUGUUCUUAUUUCCCAAUAUCAUCAAGCUCUACAAUAUUGGUCUGAA